AUGGCUCCUAUCGACCCUGGAUCUUUCGUGCUAGUAACAGGUGGCAACGGCUUUAUCGCCGCUCACUGUAUCGCAACUCUCUUAAGGUCCAAUUAUCGCGUUCGGGCUACAGUGCGUUCCUUUGAAAAGGGAGAGGCUACGCGUAAAUCUCUGAGCUCUGCUGGAGUUGACAAUCUUUCUCUCCUUGAGAUCGCUGUUGUCCCCGAUCCAACCGAUCUAAAUGCUUUUAUUGCGAUUCUCCACGGUUGCCAAGCAAUCUUGCACUUGGCAUCUGCUUUUAAUUACGAUGCAGUCCCUGGGGAAUUUGAAGAGAAGCUUAUGAUCCCCGCGGUCAAGGGUACACAGGUUGUCUGCGAGGCUGCUCGGCUGGAUCCGAAUAUCCGUAGGGUUGUGAUCAUGUCGAGUUUCGCGAGUGUUUAUGAUGCCAGCCUGGGCCUACAGCCAGGCCGUGUUUAUACUGAGAAUGACUGGUGUCCAUUGACCUAUGAAGAUGGUGUCACUGCCUCGAUGGUGCCUACCGCAUAUCGCGCUUCCAAGGUUGUUGCGGAGCGUGCUGCUUGGGAUUACAUUCGUGAUAACCCGGUUCAAUAUCAGCUGAUGACGCUUUGCCCUGGAAUGGUUUUCGGCCGUAUGAUUCACCCGAUUUCCUCCCUUUCCCAACUCAACGCUAGCAACCAGAUUAUCUGGCAGGUGUUGAGUGCAGGAAAAGAUGCCGAGGUUCCACCCACAAAAGCUCCCGUCUGGAUUGAUGUAGAGGAUUUGGCUGAAACAAGUCUGAGAACAUUGACGUUUUCAGGAAGCGGCAAUGAGAGAUUCCUGGUGACUCAGGCAUCUUAUGAUACCCAGGAGGUUGCUGAUAUUAUUCGCUCUGGACUUCCAGAUAGGCAGCGAGUUCCAGUGGGCGAGCCCGGGAGGCGUAUUGCUGAUACACACUACUCCUGUGAUUCAUCCAAGGUGCAGAGGCUCCUGGGGGUAAGGUUCCGAACACUGGAAGAGUCAAUCAUUCCAUUGGCAAAUCAGCUUUAUGACAUGGAGGGAGUCUAA